AAACCCGGGCAAUUAAAGUGGGACUGAAGGCCUUGACGCAUGUAACAGGAUCAGGAGGUUUUACGUAGGGUUUUCUAAAAGCUGUAUCAUACUUACCAGUCAGAACAACAACAGUUUAUUUCACUCGAAUAUAGUUAGAUUUUGGAAGUCAACAUUGCGUCCGGCGACUGGCAAUAUAACAGCUCAGACUUCCAACGAAAUUUCUGGUGUCAAACACCAUGAUAAACCCGAUAUCUUCUAGAUGCUACCUUAGUAUAUUAGGACACCAAGUUGUACUGCGAAAUCAGCUGUCGUAUUUGUCACCGUUGUCAAGCUAUUGUCGAUGUUUACUUAGUCCUCAUUCUGUUCUCAGCGGACAAAAACAGUCUUCCUCCUCACAAAAAGUUGAUGGGCUUCGGAGCUUAUUCUGUAUGAAGAAUGUAUCGCAUUUAUCUACAGAGUCAGAGAACCAUGCACCUGCGGUUGGUAGCAGUCAAAACGAAGAAGACCUAAGUAAGAAAAAGUCCAGUUUGAUCAAGCGGUUCAAGGAUGCAUAUGCUAUCUAUGGAAAGGUUACGCUAGUAACACAUGGCGUAACAUCCUGUCUAUGGUUCGGAGCAUUUUACUCGUUAUCAAUCAGUGGAAUAAACCUGUUGGAUAUUAUGCAUAAUCUUAAUGCACCGGAGUGGUUGACCAAACCUCUUCACCUUGGCGGGGGUACUGUGAAUAAUUUGGCAACAGCUUUAUUGUUCUACAAACUAGCAGCACCAUUCCGCUACGGUCUGACACUUGUACUAAGCAGGUACCUAGUUCGUUACCUUCGACUCAAAGGGAAAGCACCACAAGUACAAGAAAGUGAUCGCCUCCGUAACCUAGCUAAAGAAGGAGCUCAAAUUUCGCGGGACCAAAUCAGAGCGCGUAUGGCUAGAAGUCGAAGAAAUAUGCUGGCACGGAGAAGUCAACGGUGAUGAAUUCUGGAUUCGUGAUAAAAUGUAUCAUUUCUCCUUAUUGUACAUUGAUCUUUUCAUACUUAUUAUUGAAAAUGUAGGAUACUAGUUUCUGUGGAAAAUAUUCAGCUUCAAUCAUGUUUCGCUUAAAGCUCAACAUACUGGGUGACAUCUCAGGUGCUGUGAUCUUUAUCAUACAAAACGAAAUGGUUAUCAAGUGAGUAAAUAAAGUCAUAUUCAAAUUCUUGGAUGAUGUGAUUAAAAACUAAUUUGAAUAAAUCCAUCUGAUAGGCGAUAAUUUAAUACCCUGAAAACUGAAAAUGUCUUCCAAAUGUUGGUUGUUGGACAGAAACAGGUUAAGAUAAGGCUUUCUAGAGGUAAACACCAGGCAUUGAUGUUAAUUUCAUUCUAAAAUCAUAUAAUUUGUUUACUUCCACAUAAAAAUCAGGACCAAGUAUCAUAACCAGUAGUCAGUUAAGUUUUAAAAACAAUAAUUUCAUAGAAUUUUUU